AUGACGGAGAGUUAUCUACUGAUGUUCCGAAAAACGUUCUCUUCAUUAGCAGUAAAAACAGAAUCACUAGUGUAUGAUGUGAUCGUAAUUGGUGGUGGCCAUGCUGGUUGCGAAGCUGCAGCUGCAUCUGCGCGAUGCUCCGCUCAUACAUUAUUACUCACUUCUAAAAAAGAUGCAAUUGGUGAAAUGUCGUGUAAUCCAAGUUUCGGAGGCGUUGGUAAAGGACAUCUUGUUCGUGAAGUGGAUGCGAUGGAUGGAUUAUGUGGACGAAUUUGUGACAAAUCAUCUAUAAAUUACCAUGCUUUAAAUACUUCACGUGGACCUGCUGUUGUAGGACUUCGAGCUCAGAUUGAUCGCAAAUUGUAUAAAAAACAUAUGCAACACGAAAUAAUGAAUUGCACUAAAGGCUUAGAUGUAAGGGAAAAUUUGGUUGAUGAUUUAGUGAUCGAGUAUGACAAAGGAGCAAUUCCUCGAGUUAUUGGAGUUUUAGCGGAUAAUCAGAUUCUGAAAGCACGAGCAGUAGUGGUAACCACGGGUACAUUUUUAGGUGGACAGGUUUAUCGAGGAUCGAUGAGUUAUGCUGGUGGACGUUUGGGCGAAAAGGUUUGUUCAAAUCUUUCCAAAACUUUUAAAGAACUUGGUUUCAAACUUGGUCGUUUUCGCACUGGUACUCCAGCUCGCUUAAUCAAAAAGACAAUUGAUUUUAGCAAAUUUCUCCCUCAACAACCUGAUCGAGAACCAAUACCAUUUUCAUUCUUGACGAAAGAUAUCUGGAUACCUUACUCAAAACAGCUGCCGUCCUAUUUGGGGUUCACGAAUAACAAUCUCUCUGAAAAAGUGUUGAGGAACUUUGAAGAAGGCAAUUAUAUUCGAAGCGUAGCAAAUGGUCCACGUUAUUGUCCAUCUCUUGAAUCAAAAGUUAUCCGUUUUCCGCACCUGAAUCACAGAAUUUUUUUGGAACACGAAGGUUUAGAUUCAGAAUUAAUCUAUCCACAAGGUAUGUCAAUGACAUUUGAACCGGAAGUGCAGCUAGAGGUGUAUCGAUGUAUACCAGGGCUAGAAAACGUCCAUAUGGCAGAACCGGGUUAUGGAGUUGAAUAUGACUAUGUAGACCCAAAACAACUGAAACCCACUCUGGAGACAAAAGUUGUUGAUGGCUUAUUCCUUGCGGGACAAAUCAAUGGUACUACGGGAUAUGAAGAAGCUGCAGCUCAAGGUCUUGUAGCUGGAGUGAAUGCUGCUGCGUUAUGUAAAAAUAAGAAGUACUUCGUUAUUGAUAGAACGGAAGGUUAUAUCGGUGUUUUAAUUGAUGACCUAACUAGUCUUGGCACCUCUGAACCAUAUCGGAUGUUUUCUUCUCGAGCUGAAUUCAGAUUGCAUCUACGGCCUGAUAACGCAGACAUGCGAUUGACAAUUAAAGGAUAUCAGCAAGGAUUUGUAUCGGAAUAUCGGUAUAAUCACUUCAUGAAUGUUUUGUUUUCAUAUAAUCAAGCCUUGGAUUUGCUCAAUUCCGUGAGAUAUCCAGUGAACUUCUGGCGAAAACAUUUUCCUCAAUUAGGAAACAUACAGACAAAUAAAGUAUAUAGCGCAUUCGAUUUGUUAUGCCGUUACAAAAUAAAAUUUGCCGAGCUUCGUCAAGCACUGCCUAGUGAAUUAAGCAAAUUAACUGAAAACGAAGAAAUCGCGCGUAGGCUGGAAAUCGAAGCUUUUUAUCGAUUUUACCUGGCAAAAUCCAUGGUCAAGAUUGAACAAUUGCGCGAAGAAUGUGCUACUGUAAUCCCAGAUGAUUUUGAUUACUCCAAAUUGAAAUCCACUUCUUUGGAGUGUAGGGAAAAAUUUGAAUUAUGGAGACCUCAAAACCUUGCUGCGGCAUCGAGAGUUCCAGGUGCAUCGACAGAAAGUUUGAUAGAACUGCUGAGUUUCCUUAAAGUUCCGUAA